AGAGCCGCUACAUUCACAAAACCGGCUCCACGCGCCGCAGCCGGGCCCGCCCCUCCGCGGGCUGGCUCCGCCCCGAAGGAGGGCUCUCUCUUCCCCCGCUUGGAGCGCCUUCGCCCUCCCGUAGACGGAGCUUCAGCCGCGGGUGCUGCUUUGCCUCUCCGGCCCCUGCCUGGAAGCGCCCGUCCGAGCCGCAGGAGUCCGCCACCCUGGAGCUGCGUCGAGGAUCUUCUGAUGUUCCCUGUUGACACGAGCCUCCCUCCUUUCCCAGGAUGCCCUUCUCAUCCAGCGCAGCUGAGCAUAGCCCUGAGGAGACCGUGGACCCGGUGGCCGAGGACUUCCAGCAGGUCCUCUCAAUCGACCAGAUCCGCGCCAUCCGGGCAAGCAACGACUACGUGGAAAGGCCUGCCUCCUCCUGCAAGCAAGCUCACUCCAUCCCGUCCCCAUCCAAGCACGAGAUAGCUCAGGAGUGCCUGGUGUCUUCCGUCUUCCACGACCUGCAUCACAGCCAGGCCCACCAAGGGCUGCCUCUCCAGCCACCGCUGAGCCAUUCCAGUACCGCCAGCUCCCUCUCCCACAGCACAGCCGCCUCGGAGCAGAGGCUCCUGGGAGGGCUCACACCGUCUCAUUCUGGGCACUCGCUCAUCCGGAUGCAGCCCCGGGCCGCUGACCUGAAGCCCGAGGAGCUGCCGAAAGGGGCGGCGGAGAAAGCACCCCCCUUCCAUUCGGGCCACCUCUUCAUCUGCGAGGAAUGUGGCCGCUGCAAAUGUAUCCGCUGUGCUGCCGCCCGCAGCCUGCCCUCCUGUUGGCUUUGCAACCAGCGCUGCCUCUGCUCGCCAGAGAAGAUCAUUGACUACGGGACCUGCCUCUGCUGUGUCAAGGGCAUCUUCUACCACUGCUCCUCGGACGACGAGGACACCUCGGCGGAUGACCCCUGCUCCUGUGGCCCAGGCUCCUGCUGCGCCCGCUGGGUGGCCAUGAGCUUCCUCUCUGUGCUCAUGCCUUGUCUGUGCUGCUACUUUCCUACCUUGGGGUGCCUCAAACUUUGCGAGUGGGGCUAUGAUGCCCUCAAACGGCCUGGCUGCCGCUGCCAGAACCACACCAACACGGUCUGUAGGAAGAUCUCCUCCUCGGCCAGCGGAGCCACGUUCCCCAAGACUUUGGACAAGCCCGUAUGACUUCCCUCCAGGGUGGGGAGUUAGCUUUCCUUCGGUCGUCUUCUCUCUCUCGGCUUCCCCUGCUGAACGCCUCCGCCUGGAACCGAGCAAAGAGGAUUGACCGGUUGGGCGUAGAAGCCUCCGCCCCCACUUUGGGAUGUUGAUGCUUGUUCCGUGAUGGAGACCUCUCUGUCUUUGGGUCUGAGAUGAGCUUCAAGGGCUUUGCACAUUUCAACAGUGGCUAAGGACAGGUAGAAGCCAAGGCCUGCACUAAAUGUCACGGUCACAGGUGGGGGUGGGCAACUCAAGAUUCUGAUGUCCACAAUGCCUUAGUUGUUCUUUGGUGGUGGGUUUCCUAAACAAGGAUAUUGCACACCCAAGCACUACAGUAACCCUAGGGAUCAUGCACAUUUUCUGACCCGUUUCUUUCUCUCUCUGUCUCUCUCCUGCUCCAACAGCUUAUAUUCUCCUCUUUCUGCCACGCACAAUUGCAGAGGGGGAGAGAAGCUACUGAACAGUAGCCAACCAAAGGUAGACAGUAAAUCUGGGUGCAAAAAAAGGGGAGGCCAGAUCAAAGCUGGGUGCACACCUGGCCGUUCGUUUGGAAAGAUGCACAUCUGUGGAAAGUUGAUUGCUGCCCCCACCCCACCCUCAAAGGGGGAGAAGCCAAAUAGGUCACGGGUGCUCUUAUACUGGUCAAAGUAAAGCCUCUUUACCGGUUCUCGUAGAGGAGUAAGAAUCUAAAUUGGGACUCACUGUAGCAAUGAGGUGGUGGGUGGGGCUUUUUGCACAAUCUGUUAGUUGUUUGUUUGGUUUUUUUGGCUGAAAAUGAGAUAUGGACUUAAGUACAAUCCCACCAAACGUGAUGGGCUACUGGAUUGCAGAAUUUGCCCCUGUGGAUCUAUCCAAGGCUAGAUCGGACUAGUAUGCAAUGGCUUUAGUUGGUGAGAAAUCACCUUGUAAUAAAUGAUUAAUAAAUCUGUUCAUUCGUUCACCUCCA